UUGCAUGCAAAGAACGUGGGUCGCAUUCCGUCAAAUUAGCCCUUAACCCCUUUUGUCAUACACGAUGCCCUCUUUUAGAGUAUGCCUUCAACCUUUAAGGGCGUCAUCUGAUCUAAAUAGCAGAUACAUAAUAUAGCAAUAUGCGAAUCGUGAUAUUUAUAAAUUACGUACCUGGUAGGGAGAUAUAGAUAAAUACCUAACCUACCUCCUAACCUAACCUCCCUAAAUAGCAACCUCGGGCUCGGCGCCGCUUGGAUCCACAAGCGGGCAGAAGUCUACCGAGGGGUCGAGACUUGAGAACAGCGAAGCCGGGAUUAAUAUACCCGAGCUUUCAAAACUUCCAAGUAAACUUAAAUCGUCGAUGAUAUGAACGACAAGGUUAAGACGUAAAUUCCCCCGCUUCAUCCGAGAUCGCUGGUCCGUUAUGUUUCGGCCGAGGUUAAGUGGCGUAAAAAUAUCCAAUAACUUCCUGUAGAUAGACAGCGGGGAGCUGGCAGCUCCUAUCAUUAUUCCCUCUCGCCGUAUAAAGGUUCUUUAGGUCUAGGUAGUUAAGCCUGACGUUAACGACUCUUACCGCUAACCGUUACCGAAUAGAACGUGAGAUAUCGGAGAGGAAAGAUGAGUUCGCAGGAAACCUUGUUAGACGUAUUACGGUCGCGUACAGCGGUGGACUGUGAUACUUUUGAUGUCGAAGUACCGAAGCGGCUUGGCCCGUUCGUGGAUUGUACGUCAAACCAGGCGAUCGCCUACCACGAGUUGAUACGCCUCGACGAACAUGGGAAACCUGUUCACGCCCAGCUAAUUCAAGACGCCAUCGACUAUGCGUUAUCGAAGCGUUCGUCAUAUCCCGGCGUGGGAGCAGAAGAGCUGGCGGUGGAGGCUAUGAUGGUCAAACUGGCCUUGAGGAUUGUACCCUAUUUGAAGGGAUACUCUCAUAUACAGACGAACCCGAGGUACUCCUACGACAAGCAAAAGACAAUCGAAAAUGCCAAACGUAUCGUUGCGAUAUUCAAGGAUCUAGACCCGGCAUACGACGCCCGGAGGGUUUGUAUCAAGAUACCUUCGACCUGGGAAGGGUUACAGGCGUGUCGGGAGCUGGAAACCCAGGGUAUCGCCACCCUGGCAACGACCAUGUUUUGUCUCGAACAAGCUGCCCUAGCGGCUCACGUCGGCUGCACCUAUAUCGCGCCGUAUAUCAACGAGCUGCGAGUGCACUUUGACGAGAAUUACGUCGGCCAGCACAAAGCAUUCGACUUUUGCGGCUCCGCUCAGCGCUAUUACGAGAAGAUCGGCAGCAGAACCCGGGUUUUACCUGCUAGCCUGACAUCUAUACAGGAAAUCAUGAAGCUCGCGGGUGCUCACCACAUUACCGUUGCGCCAGAUCUGUUGACGAAGUUAGCGGAGACGCCAGCUGACUCGUGGGAAGGCGAAACUGGGAGUGUCUUCAAGGGCAAAGCAGAGGAAGAGGCGGGCAAUUACAGCGAUAUAGUGGAAGACGAAAGCGCAUGGCGCUUAGCAUUCACUCGGAGCCAAGAGGGCAGAGCGGAGGUGAAGAUUAUCCAGGCUAUUAACAUAUUCUGCGACAAGCAGGUUGGUUUGGAGGGUUUAGCACGACGAUGA